UAUUCCUGCUGUCAGUCACUCCGAGUUGGUGUGUGUACACAUUCGUGCAGAUGUUUGUUUCUCAGCUAUAAUUAUGAUGAUUUUACGUUUAUAAACACGCCAGCAAACCAAGACUCGUGGAAUGGGUUACUUGAUCAUAUUUGUCCUCUUUCACCUUGCAGUCAUAGUGAUUGCCGAUAAUGCAGUUGUUGAAUUUCACAUCGAACGGAAUCACGACAAGAAACCCUGCACUUAUUUUGAGAGUAACCGAGUUGCUGUAGCAGUCGAGGGGUUGAUAAAUUGUACUUGGUAUGCCCCCAAAGCCUGCUGCAAACGUACAGAAGUUACCUCUGUGUUCGCUGAUAUGCCACCUUUGUAUGGAGCCUCUAAAGACUGCACCAAUCACAUGAACUACAUGAUGUGCUAUUUUUGUGCACCGGAUCAAGUGCACUGGUAUCAUAAAGAAGAAAAUAAAAAAGUUCAUGUAUGCAUUGACUUUUGCAAGUCUCUUUAUCAUCAUUGCCAAGGCGCCAUUCAUGAUGGGAAAAGAAUAGGUGAUGUCUAUCAGAACGGAUCAUCCUUCUGUGAGGGACAGAGUUUCCAUGUGAUUGAUGGAAAACAGAACUGCUUCAAGUUUGAUCCCACUGUUUUUGACAAUGCCAAUAAGGUCUCAAGCAUCAUGUUCUGGAUUUUAAUGUUAAAUCUUUUCUCUCAGAGAUUUCUGUAAUCUUUGGUCUCUGAUAUUGUAAACCUUAGAUUAUUUAGAUUUAGAUACAACUGUUUGGGUAACUUUAUUACUUUCAUAUUUUGAUGUCUUAAUACUAAAGGGCAUGCAUAGACACAAUUUUUGUAAAAAAUUAGAUAUUUAAUCAAUGAUAUGAAAGUAUUUGAUACAUGUAAAACAUAACAACAAUCCUAAAUUUAAAAAAUUUAUGUCGAGAUAUAUUUGAGACAUUUACAUUUUUCAUUUUCAAAACAAAGCAUGAGUCCUGUCUAUAAUGUUUACAUGUUACAUGACGCCACAAUCAACAUGGCACCAAAAUUUUCAUCAUUAACCUAUGUCUAAAUGUUGAAUGUUUUUGACAUAGUUUUUAGAAAUCUUGGUGUUCUUAUCUCCGCACUUGUUUUUUGGCUGAUGACAAACGUUUGUUUACAAUCCUAUGACAUGCAUGCACCUAACACAAUUUUGGGAGCUGGUUUAUAUGUAAAUUAGAAGUGAAUCCUGUGUAAAAAUAUUUUUAAUCCAUAAUUAUAGAAGAUAUUAUAACUAAAAAAUAUCAAUUUCAAAUGAUCAAAACUCAUGUCCAUGCUGUUUAAAUUGAAUUUAUUUAAAGUUGUAUUGUCCAAAUUUCAUUUAACUUGUAAAAACGCUGUUAAAUUAUUGCAUUAUUGAGGCUGUACGACAUAAUUAUGUCAUACAUUAUUUUACCUGUUUGAACCAGAAUUAUUUGGUUUAAAUCAGUAUUUACAAACAGCCGUCACUCGGCCAUUUCUAAUGCAUAUUAAGAUGAUAAAUCAAGUGACCGUAUUUAUAGUUGUGUCCGAGUUAUAUACUUCAUGUUGGGAUUCCCCUCGUAUGCGUUGGACUAUUUAUUAACAGACUUAACGAACAGCAAAUGUAUUUACAUGUAUGGGUUCCCACUAUAUUUAUGUUUUUUUUAAAAAUCUUCUCACUGCUUUCUUUUACAUACAAAUGUUUUGAAGCAUGUAAUUAUUAAGGGAAAGUUGAAUAACUUUUAAAUCUAAUUCAACUACAUUAAAGUAAUUCUGUACACUAUGAAAAAGAUGAACAUCGAACCAUACAGCUUUAAGCUGUAAAUUCUAUAUUGUUUGCUUUGUGGAGGAUAUAAUCUCUAAAACCAUGCAAUGAUACAGAAAUCACCUCAUAUUUUGAUUGUUUUUAUAUCUCACAUAAUACAAUGAAAUGGCAUUGGUUUCUUAAUGACAAAAUGUCAGUAAAUGAAAAUAAUUAAAAAAUUGAAUGGGUGACAUUAACAUUUUAGGUGUCUUGCAUGUAUAAAAUAUCAAUGUAGAUGACUGUAUGCCUGUGUAUAUAGCUGUACAUGUAUAUGUGAUAUACACAGAUCCUGAGUUCAACCCCAAGUAGGGGCAGAAGUGGGUAUGUACUAUGUAGAGUGAAUUUCUCUUUGCUUUAUAUAUAGAUCAUUAGUGUAGCGGUCAGCCGGAUUUGAUCGCCAGUGGCCAGUUAGCUCAGUUGUUAGAGCACCUAACUAGAGAAUUCAGGGGGCACGGGUUUGAAUCCCGGUCUGGUCCGUUGCAUUUUCUCCCUUCCUGUUACAUUACAAUUGGCAAUCUUGACAUCGAAGGAAAAAACAUCAGAAAUGUAAAUAUUUUGCUCUGAAUUCAAUGUAAAUUCGUAUACCUGAUUCUUUUGGGUUUUUUCAUAGCUCAGAAUAUAAAGAAGUAUUUUAACUCAACAGAUUAAGACUUCACAUGUACGUUGUUUUAUGAACUUGUGUUCCCAAACUCUAGUGACAAUCUAUCCCUUUUUUCACUAAUGUUGACAGAUUUUUGUUAUGUAUAGAUGUAUAUUGAUGAGUUAAAACACAUGAAGUUUAGGUUUUAUUCAGAGUUCACAAUUUUCCAGAUUGACUUGCAGAUGUUGAGCUGAUUUUUGUAGUCUAUAUAGUUGUAUACAGAAGAGCUACAGAUCAGUAUAAGUUUUGUUCCAAUUGAUGUACAUUCAGCAAAUGUGUAGCCCUUGAACUUUUAAAAUUUCCUAGACUUCAGUCUACUGGGCAUUUUGAGAUUUGGGGGCAUAUGGUUUUUGUCUUUCUGUCUGUCUACAAAAACUUUAACCUUGGCCAUAAACUUUGGUGGACGGUGAUAGAGCUUACAUAUUUCACUGUUUAUUCCUUGUAACAAGACUUUUCUUUGGGUAUCAAAAAUUUUGACCUUGUGACCUUUACCUUUGAGUUUGACCUACUUUUGAAAAACUUUAACUUUGGUGAUUGCUUUUGAAAGGUUAGUGGUAGGGCUUUCACAUCUCACAUGUGUAUUUUUGUGACAAAAUGUUUGACCUUGUGAUCUUCACCUUGGAGUUUGACUUAUUUUUGAAAAGCUUGAACCUUGCAUGGUAUUAAAAUUUGAAUGGUUAGUGAUGGGGCUUUCAUAUUUCACAUGUGUAUCCCUUUUGACAAGACAUUCUUUUGGAACUAUUUUUUUCUCAUUAUGACGUUGGAGUUUGACCUACGUUUGAAAAACUUUGGCAAUAUCUGGUUGAUCCUGCCAGUAGUCAUAUGCUUGUCUCAAAGACUAAGCCAUGCAUGCCCAGACCAAAGCUUUUGAAUGUUUUGUGAUGGAGAUUUCAUUAUUCACAUGGUGUAUCCCUUUUGAUAAGACCUUUCUUGUAGUACCAAAUAUUUUUUACCUCAUGACCUUGACCUGAGAGUUUGACAUACCUUUUGGAAAAAUUUGACCUUGGCCAUAACUUUUGAAUGGUUAGUAAUAGGGCUUUCAUAUUUCACAUGUGUAUUCCUUGUGACAAGACCUUUCUUUGGCACUAUAACUACUUUGCUACCAUACAGGGGCAUCAAUGUUUCACAAACACAUCUUGUUUGGCUAUUUUUAUAUAAACGUAUAGUAGUUGAGCUGAUGUUUGGUGUGUAGUUGUGGGUACAGAUUAAGUUGAAGUUUUGUUGAAAUAGACCAACUUUCAGAAGAUUUAUUGACCCUUGGACUUAGAGAAUUUGAAUAUCUCAAAUACUUCACAGAACUGUAAACUUUUUUUCACUAUGCUUGUAGAUACAUUUAUAUAUUUAGUUGAAUAUUUAGUGUGCAAGUACUCACUACUGUUGUAAAAGGAUGACAUAUCAAGUUUUAAAUUUCGUUUUAACUGACUUAAUUUCAGUUGGGUUAUGGCCCAUACACUUCAAGAAUUCAAUCUGUUGUGAUGAUCGAGAUACAAAUUAAUGCCAUGGUAAUUUAUUAGCUAUACACGUUUUUGCUCGACUACCAGGCAGGGGGACUUGUAAGAUUAAUAGGAAAGAUAUACAAUUCAAAUCUUGAACAACGAAUUUGUACAUUUGCUUUUCCAGCUUAUGUUGCACAAAGAUUAAGGGCAAAAAUCCUUGUAAUAAAUUCAAUUAUUUAUUUCAGGGAGAAAAUUUGAGAUUUUUUUUUAUAGUUUUAUUUUUGUAAAUCACUUAUUCAAGAAUUUGUUAUGAAUAUGUGUAAUUUUCUUGAUAUGUUAGAGAUACAUGCAUAUUAUACUUACAUUUAAAAAAUAUAAUUUUUAGCUCACCUUAAUGAAGUCAGGAAGAGCUUAUAUUCACUGUCAGAUGGAAACAAUUUCAGCAUUCCAGCUAAAACUUUUAGACUUGUCAAAUUCCCUGUAUUGGCUCAACCUGGACUAAACUUUCAUGAAACUUAUUCUAGAGAUGUUUUUAAGCUAAUUAAGUGUAAGAUUUUGAAUUUGGUCCAUAGGAUCCAGAGAAUAAAGAGGUUGCUGUUUUUAGAACAUGUUAAAGUGUUUGCAUUCCUAAGCCUUACUACCAGGGCCAAACUUGCAUUGAAACUACAGCUAGCUCAGAGAUGUUAACUACCAUUCCUGCUUUGGAGCCAAAGUGCGACAUGGACUUUGAUUUGGUCAAAAGAUUUUGAACUAGGUCACAUUCCCAAGUAACUAUAGGCUUAAACUCUACCAAAUCUACAUAUCAUUUACAUUUAGAGAUGUUAACAGUCAUAAUUGCUAUUUUCAGGAUUAUAGAUCAAGUUAAAGUAAGUUUUUAGGAGACUAGGUUAAAAUUUUUGGAUUCUUUCACUUCCAAAUAACACCUAUACCUGUAUCAAACUUGUAUGGAAGUGAUAUCUAGAGAUUUUUAUGCCCCCAUAAUCAGAGAUUCUAAGGCAUAUAGUUUUUGGUCUGUGUAUCAGUCAGUGCGCAAAAACUUUGACCUUGGCCAUAACUUUUGAAAGUGAUAGGCCUUUCAUAUUUCACAUGUGUAUUCCUUGUGACAAGACCUUUCUUUUUGCAUAAAAAAUUUACCUCAUGACCUUGGAGUUUGGCCAUAUAGGAGCAUCAGUGUUUGACAAGCACAUCUUGCUCUUUUCAACACCUAUUUUGCUGUGGAUGUUAAAGCAUGACCUAUAUUUUUCAGAUGAUUGAUUUGGGUAAUUUUUUUCAGAGCAAAUUAAAGUUAUAGAACAUAAUUAGUUGCAUGCAUUAAUGUCCUAUUUAGAUAGACCAAACUUUUAUGGCACAUCUAGGGUUGCAGAUUACAUGCACCAAACUUUAUUUAUUUAUAUAUAUAUACUUUUUGGAUUUUUAUUCUUGUUACUGAUUUUUCAGUCUAUGUUUUAUUUUAUUGGAUACUCUAAUUAUGAUUCGAUCAUUAUCCACAGGUAGUGUUCAUAUCACACUGUUUAACUAUAUACAAUAGACAAUUUUGUAUACCGUAGUUGUUUAAGUUUUGAAUGCCACUUGUUAUACUAUGUUUUGUGUAACUAUUACACAGCUGGAGCAAAUUGUUUUUGAAUCUCAGGUUUUAUUUGUAGUUCAAAUUAAAUAUAGUUAUUUCCAUUGUAGAUGAAUUGUUUUUAAAAUAAAGAUUUUAUAGACACA